AUGACGCAGACACUUCUGCCGCCGCCGGAACCCAAUCCUCUGGCUGCCGGCUGCGCCUCUGGUUGCAAGGGGCAGCUCCGCGCUCUGUCGCUCUCGUCGUGGUCCAGCCUCCUCUGCCACGCGGGGGGACCGACAGAAGACCGCGACACUCCGGUCCUGGCCAGCAUGAGGCAGCCAGACGUCACUGUGGCCGAGGACGGCAGGAAACACGGGAACCUGGAGACGCUGCGCAGACUCAACAACCGGCGGCAGUUGCGUCUGGGGAGAUGCCAUCAUAUGCCAUCAUAUUCUCUGUGCCGCUGUGAGACCCUGCGUCUGUUCUCGACAGUGCCCUGCAUGCCAUACCCGGUGACUGAGGACAUCCCCCUGGCAGGGGGUCGGUAUGUGGCACCUCGAGGCAGUACCUUAAUGGUGGCCUAUUACCUGUUGCACCGCCAACCCCAGCUGUUUCCAGACCCACACAAGUUCGACCCCGGUCGAUUCCUGGAGGGUGGCUGCGCGAAAUCCAGGAAACCCUACAGCUACGUGCCUUUUGGCAAUAUGCUGCCCAUAUACAUGUUUGUAUCCGAUUAUCUUUUCAAGAAAUAG